ACGUGAUUUACAAACAGACUCCAUCUCUUCCCAAUAUCUCUCCAGAUCGAAAAUCAGAAGCCCCUUUGGUUGCAGGAUCAACAAACACCAGAUCAAACCAUCCACAGGGCCACACCCAAAGCGCAGUUAACCAAAAAAAAAAAGAAAAAAACGAAAACCAUGUCCGGCUCAGCAGCAGCUGUGAUCGCUACGAGCACGUGGGCGAGAGCGCUCCUUAGGAUCUCUCCCUAUACAUUCUCCGCCAUCGGCAUCGCCGUCGCCAUCGGUGUAUCAGUCCUCGGCGCCGCCUGGGGGAUUUACAUUACUGGAAGCAGUUUGAUUGGUGCUGCAAUCAAAGCUCCACGUAUUACGUCCAAGAAUCUGAUUAGUGUAAUUUUCUGUGAAGCCGUUGCCAUAUAUGGUGUUAUUGUAGCAAUCAUCCUACAAACUAAAUUAGAGAGUGUUCCAGCAGCAAAUAUAUAUGAACCUGAGUCUCUUAGAGCAGGAUACGCGAUCUUUGCCUCUGGAAUCAUUGUGGGCUUUGCAAACCUUGUUUGCGGAUUGUGUGUAGGAAUAAUUGGAAGCAGCUGUGCUUUGUCCGAUGCCCAAAACUCCACACUCUUUGUGAAGAUUCUCGUGAUUGAGAUUUUUGGAAGUGCACUUGGGCUGUUUGGAGUUAUCGUGGGAAUAAUCAUGUCCGCUCAAGCAACGUGGCCUUCAAAGACAGGGUGAUUCAAUGUGUUAGUACACUUGAUUUGGUAUUCAUUUGGUAUAUUAUAUAUAUUACGUACGCCAUUUGGACUCUUCUUGUUCUUAGUAGGCAUCCAAGUCCUGACAUAAAAAUGCUGCCUUCAAAUGAGUUUGUGUUCUAGUGGAUGGAAUUUCUGGACAAAUGUAGCAUUUGUACUGUAAUGAUGAGUUUACAACAUUGUUUUGCCUUGCUAUGUACUAGAGUAUCUUGAUUUUGUGCUGUAUUUGAGCCUGCCAAUCAUCUUAUUCCUCAAACCACCUUCUCGGAUUUUCGUUGGAGUGUUAAUAUUGUUGAUCAAUUCUGUUCUUAGUUAAUGAAUUCUCACCGACUUUGUGUUUGGUGAGGUAUGUGAUCUUGA